AUGAACAAUACAACUCCGAGUCCAUCAGCCGCCAUGCAAUCAACAAACAACGACUGCGCCGCCAGUCAACACCACACCAUAAACCAAACGACCGCCCAAACCCACAUGCUACCUUGUGGCAGGGCCGGAUGUCCGACCGUUUUCGUUUACGGUGUCGGCACCAACUGGCCCACGGUCAGUUGCCUGAUCAGCGAUCACUCGCUGGUCUGCAAGGGCGGGCUUUAUGGACUCAACCAUGCACCUCCCCGCUCCGAUACGCGCGAGGCACAGCAGGCGCUGAGCCCUGCGCAGCUCGCUCCUGAGAGCAUUGCGGGCGGAAGAAAGCGGAGAAAAAAGGAGGACGAAAGGAAACAAGAACUCGAGGACGACGAGUACACCGAGGACGUCCAACCCACAUCCGUCACCUGCUGCGGAUGUCACAAGGUCAUCACCAUUGACCAACGCUCCAGGUACUAUCCUGGACUAUGGCUGAAGCACAGGGGAAAGUGCCCCGGCAUCCUGCAAGAUAGAGAACUAACCAGGAGAAGAGACCGCUUUCUUCUGUCAAAGGCAGAAUGGCACUCACCAGCCACUUACUCAUUUGAUGCGGGCGGUGAAGAGUCAGACGAAGAUGAAUACGAGGUGAUGAGAUUCAGCAUAUCGGAUGUGCGAUCCUUCCAUGACUGCUAGGAAAGAAGAGAAAAGUGACUGGUGUACCGGUACGCCACGACGAAUGAGUUCGUGGAUAGAAUUGGCAUCUUAUAUAUUGUGGGUGAGCAUCAAAGGCGAAGAUCCAGAGCGUGCUUAUCAGGCAUCGGAAGUCGUUCACUUACCAGUACCGAACGUCUACGUCCCUUUGUAGAUUUCUGUGAUGAGAUCACUAGAGAAAGGAAUGAUGAUGAUCCUUUGUGUUCAAGAUCAAAGCGUCUGGAUAUCGCCGCAAGUUCAACCGAUUUUGAGUGGUCGGAAGGAGCCGGCGCACUUUUCUUUGUCUUUGUGGUUGCUUUGACUUGCUUUGACUC